AUGGGCACGUAUCGAACACUUGGACAAAUGGGAUAUCGUCUAUUCAUUGAAUUAGGCUUUCGACGUUUCCAUUUCUUUUUUAACGAUCAAGCAGUUCAUGGUUCAAGUCAGGGCCGUUCAGAAUGUUAUUUUGCCCUAAAUGCUAUUAAAAAUUUAAUUGGGCAGUCAAAAUGUUGUAAUUGGACUGUUGAAAUGUUUUCACAACAAACAACAAAUAAAAAUAUUUUUAAAGAUUUAUUGAAGAAAUCUUCUCUUCUUUCUAAUAUUAUCAUUUUGUGUGCAAGUCCUGAUACUGUUCGUGAAAUUAUGUUGGCUGCUUAUGAACUUGGAAUGGCUACUUCUGGAGAAUAUGUGUUUAUAAACAUUGAUGUCUCUACUGGUUCACAUGCCGAAAAGCCCUGGCUUCGUCAAAACGAUUCAUCAGGUUCAGCCGAGGAAAAUGAAAAAGCAAAACAAGCAUAUAGAGCAUUAAAAACAAUUUCUCUAAGAAGAUCAGAUUUAGAAGAAUAUAAAAAUUUUGAAGCUCGAGUUAAAGAAAGGGCUGAAAAGAAAUAUAAUUAUUCAAAAAAUACUGGGAAGGAAUAUGAAAUGAAUAAUUUUAUAAGUGCCUUUUAUGAUGCUGUUUUACUUUAUGCUAUUGCCUUAAAUGAAACACUUUCUGAAGGUUUAGAUCCAAGAAAUGGAAGAAAUAUAACGAGUAAAAUGUGGAAUAGAACAUUUGUUGGUAUAACCGGGAAUGUAAGUAUUGACCAUAAUGGAGAUCGUUAUUCUGAUUAUUCACUUCUUGAUUUAGAUCCAGAACAAGGCAAAUUUGUGGAAGUUGCCUAUUAUUCUGGUGCUUCAAAUGAAUUAAAAGAAAUAACAGAUUUUCAUUGGGUUGGAGGAAAACCUCCAAAAGAUUUUCCUGUUUGUGGUUGGGAUCGUUCAAAAUGCCCCGAAGGUUAUCCAGCACAUGUUUAUGCAUUAAUGUGUUUGGGAAUUGUUGUUGUUAUUUUAUUAAUUGGUUUUGCAAUAUUUUAUAGGCGUUAUCGUGCUGAAGCAGAAUUGGCUAAAAUGACUUGGAAAAUUAAAUGGGAGGAGUUGGAUGGAGAAGAUAUUGGGAAAGAUAAAAGAAAGAAGAGGUUAAAUGUUGUUGGUUGUAGUAGUGGAAAUAAUAGAGGAAAAUUAAAAUCUGAUUUGUUGGAACAAUCGGAAGUUUUGUUAUUACGUUCAAAUAGUCGAGUGUCUAUUGGAUCUGAUAAAAGAAGUUCUUCCUCUGGUGCAACACGUAAAAUUUCAGCAAUGCUUGACAGAAAAAUCAGUAUAUUUACUCGAAAGAAAUCUUCCCCAACAGACAAUCAACAACAACAUAAACAAUCACAUUCCCAAUCUGCAGGUAAUAAAACAACAACAUCAACAAUAACAAAUCCAGACCAACAACCACAACAGCAAAUAUCAACAAAUCAUAUAAUCGAAAGAAAUGCUUAUUCUUCCCCAACAUUUUCUAUUGGAAAUAAUUCAAAUAAUAAUGAUAAAAAAAGAAAAAAGAAAUCGAAUCAAUGGAUUGAUGAAGGAGGGGAAGGAGGGGGAUUAGAAGAUUGUGGAAGAGAAGUGGGAGGAGGAGGAAGAGACGGGGGAGGAGGAGGGUUAGAAGAAGAAGAUUUGGAAUUAGGAAGUAAUUCUGGUGUUGGCAAAAAAUCUAUUGUUUCUUGCUCUACUAAUAAAAACAACAGAAAAUUUUCUUUUAGUGUUUACAGCAUUAAAAGCGGAGGUUCAGUAGAAACAAUUCAAUUACAAAAUAAUGCCCAAAUAUUUACAAAAACAGCAAUGUAUAAAGGAACAAUGGUUGCUAUUAAAAUGCUUAAUUUGGAUCCAAAAAAAUAUCCAAAAUUAGAAUUACCUCGUUCUUUAUUAAUUCAAUUAAAAGAAAUGAAAGAUUUGCAACAUGACCAUUUAACAAGAUUUUGUGGUGCUUGUGUUGAUGCUCCUAAUUAUUGUAUUGUUACCGAAUAUUGCCCUAAAGGGUCUUUGGAAGAUAUUUUGGAAAAUGAAAAGAUUAAACUUGAUAAAAUGAUGAAAUAUUCAUUAUUACAUGACUUAGUGAAAGGAAUGCAUUAUUUACAUGGAAGCCUUAUUAGAACUCAUGGAAGAUUAAAAACCUCAAAUUGUGUAGUAGACAGUAGAUUUGUACUUAAAGUAACAGAUUUUGGUUUGGCUGAAUUACACGCAAUGGAAGAUAUUAAAGAAGAUGAAUUAGAAUCACAUGCUUAUUAUAGAAAAAAACUUUGGACAGCCCCAGAAUUAUUAAGAGAUCCAAAUUCCCCCGUCCAAGGAACACAAAAAGGAGAUGUUUAUAGUUUUGCUCUUAUUUUACAUGAAAUGUUAUUUAGAAAAGGGGCUUUUUAUUUGGGUGAAGAUGAGUGUGUUAGCCCUAAAGAAAUUCUUUCCAAACUUGUCCAGCCAUUAGACCCUCACAGCGACAUUGAACUUUUUAGGCCAUUAAUUCUCCAAGACUGCCAACCUGUUGAUGACACACCAGAAACAGUUAAAAAAUUAAUUGAAUUAAUGAUGGCUUGUUGGAGUGAAAGUCCAAGUGGAAGGCCUGAUUUUUCAACAAUUAGAAAAGUUGUUCAUACACUUAAUAAAGAAAAUGAAACUUCUAAUCUUGUUGAUAAUUUACUUAAACGUAUGGAGCAAUAUGCCACAAACUUGGAAGGUCUUGUUGAAGAACGAACACAAGAAUAUUUGGGGGAAAAGAAAAAAGUUGAAGAACUUUUACAUCAAUUAUUACCUCCAAGCAUUGCUGAUCAAUUAAUUGGUGGUAAUCCAGUCCAAGCAGAAGCUUAUGACAGUGUAACAAUUUAUUUUUCUGAUAUUGUUGGUUUUACUGCACUUUCUGCUUUAUCUACCCCUAUGCAAGUUGUUGCCCUUUUAAAUGAUCUCUACUUAGCUUUUGAUAGUGUUGUUGAUAACUUUAAAGUUUACAAAGUUGAAACUAUUGGGGAUGCUUAUAUGGUUGUUUCUGGGUUGCCUGAAAGGAGAGAUGAUCAUGCUUCUCAAAUUGCACAAAUGUCCCUUGCUUUAUUACAUAAAGUCAAAAAUUUUACAAUAAGGCAUAGACCCAAUGAACAAUUAAAAUUAAGAAUUGGGAUUCAUUCAGGCAAGAAAAAUAAUUAA